GGGGCUGCAGCGUCGGGACGCGGGGAAUCACUUUUCGUCCGCCAGGUCCUUGCAGGCAUUGCGAGCUGCCGGUUAGGAGGGAAGAGAGAGAAAGGAGGAAAAGAGGGAGGGGAAAGAAAAGAAGAAACUUGGCGUCUUUGGACAAGCCAUGAAGUUCCAGUACAAGGAAGACCACCCUUUCGAGUACAGGAAAAAAGAAGGAGAGAAAAUCCGGAAGAAAUACCCAGAUCGGGUGCCUGUGAUUGUAGAGAAGGCACCCAAAGCCAGAGUACCUGAUCUGGACAAGAGGAAGUACCUUGUCCCAUCUGAUCUCACAGUUGGCCAGUUCUACUUCUUGAUCCGAAAGCGAAUCCACCUGAGGCCAGAAGACGCCCUGUUCUUCUUUGUCAACAACACCAUUCCUCCCACCAGUGCUACGAUGGGCCAGCUGUACGAAGAUAAUCACGAGGAGGAUUAUUUUCUGUAUGUGGCUUACAGUGAUGAAAGCGUGUACGGCAAAUGAGCCCCUCGGCCGCUGUCCUCACAGUUGGCAAUGGCCUGAAAUGACUGUUCUGGGGGGGGGCGUUUGUGCGUCAGACAGAAGCAAGAAGAGGGAGGAAGAACUGGACAAACAAGCCACAUAAUCUCAUGCCAUCAUUCCUUGCACCUUUAUUUUAAGUUAAUUAUUACUGUUGUUUUAUUUAAUCCGUUGGGGGGAAAGAAUAGUUGGUGCUUUGUGGCGGUCAGGGCUUUAGGAUGGAGAGAUCUGUCUUGCAAGUUCCCACCUUCCAUUACACUACCUGGCUCUUCCAUCAAUGCCCGGUGAGAGGAGAGGAUGCUACCUAGUGAUAUUGCCGGAACUGCCAAAGGGAACUGUGUCUCUCCCCAUAGCAACUAAUCUUUAAUUUGCCUAUUUUUUAAAAGACAGCAGCCCGCUCUCCCGUGCACGAAGGAGAUAUAACAUUAAUUCCUGUUAAUUCUUGAGCCCUUUCUGCCCACCCUUUGCCCUCCUUUCCUUGGCCCUGAUCCCAGCGGUAUGUGUGCACCCCCUCCCGUCUUCCUCAUGCGUAGCAUCUCUGAUUUGAGUUCAUCCAUCACUCUAGCAGCAUGGCAGCCUCCUAUAAGCAGAAACAUGCAGAUGCCAUGCAGUAUGGAGAAACAAGCUUCUUAAGUGGUUUGGCUAACUUAAAAACAAUGACAGCACGUCCCUUUCUUUCACGGUGUUCCCUAUGAAUUGGGCCUUGGGCGUCUAUCCUAUAUUGCAUUCUGCACGAGUGUUUUGUGAUGUCGUGUGUCCUUGCUUGCCAGUGAAAGGCUGUUCUCUGCUAGGUCACCAUCAUGAUACCCGUCUUGUGUUUCCUUUGCUGCUAUCAGUUCAAUAUGGAAAG